UGUAAUAAUCCAAGAUGGAGGUGAUCGAAAAGAAGACAACAAAACAAGAAACUACACGAUCACUAUGAAAACAUCUCCGUCUCGUAUAGUUACAAUUGUCUGUAUUUUUAUUGUUUUGAUUUCUGACCACAAACUAUUAGCAUUACAUCUUAAGGGAUCAUGGAACACGGGCAGUUUCUUCAAAUAUCUGGCGAAAUUUGCCAUUCAAAAAACAAACACAAAAGAUUUAUUGGACACGGAAGGAUUUGUUUAUGGAAACAUUACUUCAAAAAGUAAUCCCUCUUCGUUUGUAACUUUGGUUGUCGUAGAUAGUGAAUAUUUUAUGGAGUUUCACGGAAACAGUACUCGUAAACUACACCAACACACAUGUGCACGGAUGUUUAACAAGAUUGACACCAUAGCGUUUGACUUCGAGUGCAAGAAACAUGGGUUGGAGGAUUUCCUUAGAAGGGUACCGUGUAUAAAAGGAAAACUCUGUUACGACGAAGACAAUCCAGCUAAUGUCAUGCCGGGAUAUCAGUUCACAUACAAAGUACAAGAUUUUAGGUCUCCAAGGUUCUGGUAUGUAAGUCUAGUUGCCUGUCAGCGUAACCAUUGUGUGUGGGAGCGGAAUGAUGACAAGCCGUUUAAUAUUGACUAUGACAUCUGGUUGGUCAAUGGAAACCCAGCCUCCAAACAUUUUAACCCAUUCGAACACCAAUUUUCAUUUGACGACCAUGAUAUUUUUGAAGUUUAUUUAUUAUUUCUAUUAUUCUAUGGCAUAAUAUUACCUAUUUGGAUUUAUGCUUUUAUUAAACAAAAGCACCCCAUUACACAAUUAUUUACAUCUGUGAUAGUAAUGGAAGUGAUAGGUAUAGCAAUGAAUUUCUUACAUGUAUUCAUAUUUUCAUUCAAUGGUGUUGGGUUCUUCCCAUUGGAAAUAGUUGGGAAUGCCGUGGACACAAUAUCACAGUGCUUGUUUAUGUUGUUUCUACUACUGGUAGCCCGUGGCUGGACCAUUUCACACAUGGAGAUAAAGGGACGUGCUGUGGUCUUCUCCGUCUGGGGUGUAUACACUCUCUCAAACUUCGUUCUGUAUUUCUGGAACCUGACUGAGAUUGAUGAAAUCUCUAACAUCGAUGAAUGGCAGACCUAUCCAGGUUACAUCACGCUUGGCUUACGUAUGGUCAUUAUGAUAUGGUUCGUGGUGGAACUUAGACGUACUGUAUUCCAUAGCAAGCAUCCCGACAGACUGAACUUCCUACAGCAGUUUGGCGCCUUCUUCCUUGUCUGGUUUAUAUACCUGCCAGUACUAGCCAUCAUAGGAACACAGAUCUCAGCUUUAUGGAAGCAUAAAACCAUUCUUACGAUAACACUUGGAUCUGAUCUGCUGUGUGUCCUGGUGAUGAUCCAUCUGCUCUGGCCCAGUAGAUCCAUCCUUUAUCUCAUCAAAACAGAGAGUAACAUAUCAACGUACGACCUAGAGCUUACAGGUUUGCUAGACAUUGAUGACCAGGAAGAGAACAGUAUAUUUAGCAGAGAGUCCCAUUUUACCAGUAAACACAUAGAGCCUAACCACAACACCAUUCAAAAUGGAAAAUACCACUCAAAGAAUUGUAUUCCUAAUGGCACCAACCAUCUGGUAGAAGAGAGUGGUGACCUUAUUGAGAUGGACACCAUUGAUAUCCAUCGACAGGAAGGAAAGAUCUAGACGUCCAUUCCACCUUAUACAGAAUACUGCAGAGUUUUAUUUCUUUGUCACUGAAAUAAUAAGAAGUCCCCUUUAUUUCUUCUGGUAUGUGGGAAUCAGUUCAUUUGAAUCAAGGAGGUUAUAUGUCUACAAAUGUUACAGGUGCUUUUAACAGCUUUUCCAUAAUACAAAUUUGUUGUACAUAUUUUCCAGACCUUUGCUUUACACAUUUUCAAAGUUUUGUCAUACCUGAAUUUUUACGAUAACAAAAAGCACUGAUUGUGGGAAGAGAAAAGGUUACUUAAUGUUUAUUAGUCAUCAAGUUAUCAGUAUCAGUUUUCCAUAUAGAAAACCAUAUAAAUAUAAUUAAUAGGUUGAUCAAUGAAAUCACAUCCAGGGUGAUUACCAACAUCUAGCAGGUUUGUUCAAUGAGUCGGGAGAGAGGAAAACCUAUAGUGGAUGUGGGAGAAAAAAAGCUAUCCCACUCCAGUACACGGGAGUAGUUUGAUGUAUUUCAAAGACAAAAUGUCGACACUCGCCUUGUUAUAUUGUCCAUAUUGAUUACAUUUAAUAGUCCUUCUAUUAGUGAAAUGAUGGUGAUAGAAAUCAUAUAUCUGGAAAUUCACAUUCCAUAAUAUUGAAUUUAGCUAGUACAUUUAUAAACUAUUGUUUUUAUUCAGCCUUGAACACAUUAACCUUUGUUAAAGCUAUAAAAUAGCUUCGUAAUAAUUAUAAGUUUGGCGUGAUACAUAUUAUUGUUGUUUUUUACCAGUUGUUUGCAUAUUGAACAUUUUGUCGAAAUACCUGUAAUGGAUAGUGAUAUUUAAAAUGAUGUUUCUUUUUUAAAUUGAAGUUCUUAUGAUAUAUUUAUGUCUGAUUUCAGUACAGUUUAUUAAAAUCUGAAGUAAUUAGUUAUUCACUAAAUUCUUUGUAUCUAUCUUAUGUAGAAGUAGAGCAAGUCCCUUGUUUGAAUUUUAGCAUGUUUCUUGGAAAUUUGUGAGGUUGAUGGCCACACAAUUAGUGAACAGAAAAAAAAUGUAAAAUUACAGGUAGACAUUUAUUUUUGUGAUGUGGCUUGAUUGAUUUUCUAGUUGACUUGUCCAGUGCCAAAUUUUGAGUAUAGGUCAGUUAUACUGUAUUUAAUAUACAUUUACUAGUAUAGACAAAUCUAGUUCUCUAGUGCUGUAGUACAAGUAAAAUACUGAGAAUAUGUAAUGCUCCUGAUGGCAAUGUAUAUUAAAGUAAUAUAGAGGUUUAAGUCAAUUUAAAUUUGAAUUAUCACUUAGAAAAAUAAGGAAACAAGGUAUUUCUGACAUCAGAUGUUGUUGGUUUUAUUAAUUAUCAAAUGCCAUUGAGAUCAAAAUUCUUACUUUUAAAAGAAGAAAAGAUCCGUCCCAUUUUUUUGCACUACGUGUACUCUGAGAUUACCUAUAGUUCCUAUAGUACCUUAUAUGUUCCAUCAUUUCUCUUCUACAUACAUAUGUAAAUUUGAUUUAGAUCAAAUCAAAUGUUAGCUGACAUAUGAACAUAUGCUUUAAAAAGUUCAAUUUUUAUUAAAUCGUAAAUGAUACAUGACAAGGGUUUCAGCAUAAUGUUUUACUCAAAAGACUUGCAACAUAUUCCAAGAUCAUGUUGUGCCAUUAUGUUUGCUUAGAGAUGAUGCUCUUUAAUUUCAUUUAUUUAAGAAUCAAUAAAGCAGCAUAUAUGUAUUUUUAACAUUGAAACAUAUAAUACAUUUCAAUAUAAAUUUUAACAUAUCAACUCAUUAUUUUCUGUUGAAGAUGUCAUGAAUCCUGUAUAUUUAACACAUAAUAGUGCUCAUAGUGGAUGGUACAAAUAUUAAUAAGAUUUAUAGGAAGACAUCAGCAUCAGAUUUUGUCUUUCGUUUUUGCUGUCAACUUAUCUAUUUAGAUUUUGUGUUUUGCAAUCUUCAGCAGAAUAAUUGAGUAUACAGUACUUGAGUAUGGCAUUCUAAGACGGAUUGCCAAAUGUCUGACAGUCCAACACAAGCUGUGUAUUUUGAACAUCACAUUUAUUAAUUAAACUCAGAUUUCUGUGUUUCCGUGGUAGGUGAAAGAAUUUUCAAAAUAAGAUGAAAAUGAUGAGAAACAAGAGGUAUGGUUUUAGACAACCAAAAUCUACCCUAGGAUGAUGGCUACUGUGUUUGUGUUAUAAUUUGUUUGACAUUUUGUUACUAAUGUAUUCAAACACUGAUUUUUGUACUUUUCUUUGUUUCUUUCAUGAUGAAAUGACAAUAUAGUAAUGUACAUUCAUUCCCCUGUUUUGUUUGACUUUGUGAAAUUGUUGAAAUCACAAACCCAGAGUUAAUUAUAUAGUUACAUAUAAAAUUAAUUAUUGAGUACUCCUGAAUAGAUCCAGUGGUUGGUGCUACUUCAUUAUAUAAAUACAUACAUGUCACGAGUCCACAUACAAAAUUAUAUAAAUAAAUAUAUGUCACGAGUC